UAUUCGGAGUAGAGUUUGUAAUCGUUGCUAGCAGCAACGGAAAGUAACACACCGGUGCAAACAUGCAACUUCUAUUGUUCCUUGCUAAAGUUAAUGGUGAGACGUUAAUCUUCGACGAUAUCAACGAACAAUAACUUUCAUAACGCUGUCGAUCACGUCUGACUUUCCUCUGAAUGACGCUCGAAAUCGUUCCGUUACUGUACCUCCCAAGACGUCGUGGGAGUCGAUGAGUGAUGAAGAGGUUCCUCAGAAAAAAACUCUUCAAGUCUGCCUCUUCGUCUGCCAAACACAGCAUAUCUAGCCUUAAUUCUAUCGGCGAUGAUGUCUACUGCGGUUACCACAUUGAUCUGUGCGCAGUUGACUCCAGUUUCACAAAGCUCCACAAAGGUUGCUUUCUGGGGGAUGGCGAUAAAGUGAAGGCUGCUCUGAAGAAGGUUGAUGUAAAUGCACGAGACAGCGAAGGCAGGACCCCUCUGCACAUAGCUGCUGCAAGUGGCCACAGAGGUGUGGUGCAGCUUCUGUUGCAGGCAAAGUCACAACUUGACACUCAAGACAGAGAAGGAAAAACGCCACUAAUCAAAGCUGUGGAGUGCCAACAUGAAGUACUGGCACGCAUGUUGUUGGAUGAAGGGGCGAGUCCCAACCUUGCAGACAACAAUGGAGACACAGCUCUUCAUGUUGCCCUUUCUUCAAGGCAUCCCGACAUUGCUGCACUGCUGUUACAGUACAGUGUGGACAUUUCUGUUCAGAACAAGGAAGGUAUGUCGGCACUUCAUUUGGCCGUCUUGCAAAAACACCUUGAAGUAGUUGGACUCCUUUUGGAUAAAGGUGCAGAUCCUCGUGUGCAGGAUGAAGAGGGGAGAACACCCUUGAUGCUCGCCUGUCGUAUUGGAUGUGCCUCAUUGACGAGCCUGCUGCUGAAAAAUGGGGCGGAUCCUAUGCAGACUGACAUGGCAGGGUGGACAGCACUCGUUCAUGCUACUAAAGCUGGGCACACAGAAUGCCAGCAGGUCUUCAUUGCUUUCUCAGGGCAGAUUUCUCAAGCAAUCCUGUCACCUGCAGAAGACUUGGACUCUUGGAAGUCUACUGAAUCCGAACAAAGCGAAAAGCCAAAGAAAUCACUGCUUCCCUUAGCAUGCAAAGCUGGAAAUGCAACAUCCUCCCCUGCAACAUCAAGUAUAGCGUCGAAGGAACUUUGCAAGUCACCCCACCUUCCUCCUUUAAACGAUAGUGCCAUUAAUAAACCAGAAGAAAGCCUCUUAAUAAAGGAAUACACCAGAGAACAACAGGACACAGAUACUACUGCAGCUGCCCCAGAGAACAGAGAAAAUCGUGCUGGGAGCAGUCCUUCGGAAGGGACGGAUAGCGAUUCAGUGGAGGCAGUGUUUAGGAAAGCAAGUGUGCAGCACAGCUCAUUGGUACCAGCUUUUGAGAAACCCAUUCACCAUAAUCCUACAGACGAUAAGUCGAAGAAUCUGCCCCAGAAUGGGAAGGGGCAGAGCACUAAUAACCCUGGAGAGGUCGAGCCUCAGAAUGACGGGGACGACAUCAGUAAAUGGUUCACGGAAGAUACAUCGUUAACGGAAUCCGAGAUUGAGGAGAAAGCAUCGUCACUGUAUAUACCGUCUGCUUUGGAACGUCGGCCAUCAAUUUUCGAUCCUAAUGUGCACAAAUCUGUAGAGGUGCUCUUAGCCUACGACGGACAGCAGCUCAAAGAUGGAUCAAUGUUGCCGGUGCAACGAGAACGGAGAAGUGAACAAGAAAAUAUCUCGGCAGUGUCACAAAAAGUAGAAGUGAAGCAGAAUGUUUCCAUGUCUGCUAGCGAGUGGGACUCAAGUGAAGGUGGUGAGGAACUUCCAUAUGUGCAACAUUCGGUGCAGGCAAAGCAAAAUGGAACUUCAGGCCAAAUUGAUACGAUUCAAGGUGCUAAAGAAACUGGGGAGGAAGAACAGAACCUUGAAGGACACGAAAGGACUGCUGUGUCAGAAAAUGUUACUUCAGGAACAAUUCUACAGAAAGGGCCUCUUGCUGUGGUCACUGAUGCAUCAGUACAACAACCAAGCAGAUCAUCCCAGGACAUGCCCAAGAGGCCUCCAAGGUCCCCUAGCAAGAACGGCCUACGUAGCUCCUGGAGCUCGUCCACAUCAUCCUCACCCUCAAAAUCUCGCUCCCUUGAACACUGCAGUCCCAGGAGACAAUCUCUCAUUGUCCGUAACAACGAGGGUCCCGUGGGCCCCACAACAAAGCACUACAAUGAAGGAGCAAGAAUGAAUUUGGCGAAGGAGCUUGUUUCCACCAACAGCAGUAAAAGCAGCAAAAGUUCCUCCAGGAAAGCAGCCAUAGUGCAGGAAAGCACAAAAAGGUCGCCUCAUAGUGUGCCAAACGUGGAUGGUGAGGCCUCCGCAUCUAAAGAAUUACCAGCUUCUGAGGCACCUGUGCAGCAUCAGACUACACCUAUUGCUUACACAGCGCAUAUCCCAGCAGGUGGGGUUCAAUCUGAGGGACUGCUCAUAGAAAGUCUUCUCAAUGAGAAGAAACUUCUAUCAAGACAACUCUUGGAGUCUGACGAACUUAGAAGAACCCUUGAAGCACGUAUCAUGGAAUUGCAAAUGGAAGUGCAUGAUAGCAGGGAGGCUGAAGUCAAAGAAACUAUUGACAAGCAACUAGCUGAUCUGGACCUCGAAUUGAAAAGUGCUAAAAGCUUGAUCAAGGAUCUGCAGCAUGAAAUUGAGUCAUUACAACGACAGCUAAAUUCGUACAAGGAGUCUGCAGACAUGUACAGGGAAGUGAGUGAAAAGCAAGAAGAAAUGUUCAAGAACAUGCUUGCUGAAAAAGAGAAACUAUGGGCUGAAGAAAAGCAGAGACUCAUCACUGAGUUACAAGUGUCAAAUUCCAGAACUUCAGAAGCCAUUUCUCCAUCCAAGCUUGAUGACAUUCAGGAACAGUUGACAUCUUUACAUGGUGUAUUAGCAUCACUGAAUGCCAAAGUCAUCACGGAUGCAAAGGAGUCUUCUCUUCCUCUCCCAGAAGAAAUCACGUCCUUGAUCCAGAUCUCUAGGUCCUCUCUCAGUGAUCUCCAAAACCUGAAUACAAAUGUGAACCAAACAGCACAGCUGUUACAGAGCAUCAGUGAGAAUCUUCAGAAUUCAAACGAUCAAGGAAAAGCAAUUGGAUCAAGCCUCGAUGAUCUACAGGAGGCCAUUGGAAACAGCAGUAGAAGCCUCUUGUCUGUAUCAGAUACCUUGCAUACGCUGGCAUCAGACCGUAGCAACAUUUGUGAAACGCUGGAGCGCCUCGAAGCAAAUCAAAAGCUGCUCACUAAUACACUGAAUGAGUUCCAGUCUCUCAUCAACAAAUCUGGUUUAGAUUUCAGUCUUGGAAAGGACAAUGUGUCUGAAGCAAAAGAGUUCAUUGGAAAUCAUGGAACUCAUGGCAGCACACCAAAUCCUGAUGAUCUGACCGACCUCAAAGAAAGCAUUGCGCGUGUGCUGAACAAGCUCGACUGUUUCGCGGAGGAAAUAAAAAAUGUGUCUGAGAGCAAAGCGGAAGACGUUGCUCGCAAAGUGGCAGAUUCUUUCGAAGAGUACCACAAUAUCACCAAGCAAGAGAUGUUGAAUUUAAUGAACAAGGUCUCGUGUAAUCAGGAAGCUGUUGUUAAGGCUUCCUUCACCUUGAGUGAGCACCAGAAAGCCCAUGAUGCAAAGUUAUCUGAAGAAUUUGACUAUUUAAAGUUGAAUCAAAGCAAAGCACUUGAACAGUUGCAGAGUCUGAAAGAUGAGUUGAUCAGGAUGGAUUCAAGUGGCAUGUUUGACAAGUUAGAAUCUAUGCAAAUUGGCACUGUGGGGAAGAUAUCCAGCAUCAUCGAGCCAGUGUCGACAGAAUUGAAAUCAAUUCGUGCAUCUUUGGACAACAAUAACAGUGUCUGGGCUAGUAGAAUCAGCCAACCUAGCGAAGCAGGUGGUGCGGCCCAACUUCGGAACAUUAUGGAUAGGCUGGACUCUGUUCUGGAUCAAACCAACAAGUUGCAAACUAAGGAAGAAAGAGAUCAGUCGAAAAAUAUUACCCUGGAUAUCAAAGGAGCAUUUCCCUAUGCAGACUUUUCUGUGCUGUUGAGUGACCUCAGGAUGACACUACAUGAUCUUAAGGGAGAAAUUCAAAAGCACCAUGGAUCAGAAAAGAAGGAGAGCCGUGAAGAACCACAGGUACGAUUAGUGCCAGAAUGCACUUCGUCAGUUCACAAGUGCAACACCAUAGCAACCAAUGGCAUGCAAACUGAGGGCAGUUUCGAGAAAGAAAAGUACAGGAACAAGAAGGCUCUUGUUAAGUACAAAGCUGAACUUAAAGCAAUCAAAGAAAAGCUCAAGGAUAUUGGUCAGCGUCAAGACAGAGGAAGCAUCUAUGAUAAUGUACCUCCAAGCAAAGCUGCAGUGGAGCUCCAAACAAAAGUUGACCUCCUGAACCUGAGAAUUGACUCUGACCACCGUCAUCAAACAUAUGCUGAAAUACGUAGCUUAAAAGCUGAGGUGCAUCAAAUUCAACAUAGCCUCCCUGGCCUUAUGCAAGAACAGAGUUUCAAACCAGUCAACACAGAUCCAGCAAAUGGCCAAAAAGGCCCUCAACCAAAUGUAAACGAUAGUUUCAUAGCAGAGAGGACAGAGCUAAUGCAGGAAAUAAAACGCCUUCAAGAAAAUCUGAUGGCUGCUCAGUCUGACACAGAGUACUGGUGGCUCAAGGAAAAUCAUCAUGAAAGAAACCCCAUUGCAAACGGAAUAAAAAGUGCCCAACCUCAUCCUGCGCCACGAAAGAAACAAGUCACACGUGCACAGUCAACGCCUCAGCCUUCAACGGUGCCAUAUAUCAUGAGAAAACUGCCAGCUUGGAAUAUGAGUCCAGUAACCGCCAAAGCAUCACCAGACUACAAAAGACCACACAAGCCCACAAAUGGUGCAAGGUACAGGGUUCAAGCAAUGCUUGAAGAAUCUUUGUCGAGGCACUUAGGUAAAGCCUCACGGGAUGGUGUCCAAGGUGCCUGUACCAGUACUGACACACAGUUCAAUACGCUGCCAGCUGACAGGACGAAGACAAUACACAAGACAGAUAUUGUUUAACGACUGACCAAAGAUGUGCCUAAGGGGCACUACUAUGUUUUACUGCACAGCUGUGAUGUCACAGCCGCAUCAGUUUUGAUGUCUGCAGUGCCAGUUUUCUAUUCGUCUUGUUCUCCUUUGUCUGUUUUGGUUUGCAUGCCUACAUUCAUGCUUACACCACUGUAGUACUGUGACACAUAACUCUGGUUUGUGCGGUCAUAACUUAAAUUUGACAUGGUUAAAUUUUUUUUUUUUUUGUCAGACAGGGCAGCGUGUGACUUGAUGUGAUGCAAGUCUACAGCAUGCCUUACUCUAGACAUUUCAUAUUGGCAUGCCUAAUGUAUAUGCUCAUUUUUAUCUUUCAUUUCAACACUAGGCAUAGCUUGUUUAUGUGAUCACUGUUUUCUUGUGUUCAUGCAUUUUCUUGAGCACAUGUGGUGUACAUUGUCAUGUGUGUAGGUUUUCUUUCAUUUUUUUUUUUUUUCAUACUCUUGCUUGUUGCUUGACGAAACCUUGAAUAUGUAGUCAUGCCCCAUUUAUCCUAUCAAUUUUCUGAACUGCCAAAGCAUUCGGGGAACAAAAGAAAUUGACAUCACGAAAUCGUGAUAUUUGCAAUCGUGUUUCAGAUUUUACCUAGAAUCAAUUCGGAGCAGUGUGACAUUCUUCAACAUUCACAGGUUAUUGCUGUGAAGGAAGAUCAAUGUUGGGUUCCACUGAGCUCCAGUCUGAUCAAUUUUUUUUCUUUUGUAGAGGUCAACGUAUGGCAGCAAAAUUAAAUUUGAUUCAGAUGGUACAAGGUAUGAAAAGACACAGGAUGAAGAGUUUUAUAGAGGAAUAUAGUUAGAGGUAUUUCUAACUGCUUGUGUGUGUGCAUUCUACACAAGAUAACGUCAGCACUAAUAUAAGUUAAUUCUCUUGAUACUCAUUUUACCAGAAGCAUGUUUUACCUGACUAGUCUUAGUGGAGAGAUGAAAAUGAACACAAUGAUCUGAAAAUAUUAUUUUAUGCGUAAACUACACUGCAAAUAUUAUUCUCAUACUUUUAUCCCAAUUGUGAUAAUCAAUGUUUGUAAGGGCAUUAUUGUUUUACGCACUUUAGUCUUUGUUAAUAUUACCUAUACAUGGCAUGUGCCUUAUAUAUGAUCACCUUGGAUGACUUUGUAUAGCUUAUAUUACCUCUAGUCUUUAUUAACAGCACAUAGUGCCUCACCAAAACGCCUUUUAAUGCACAUCAUUUAUUGUUGCACGUUGUUGCACCUAACAUAUGGUACCUCACACGGCUGAAGACAGAUCAAGGAAAGAGCUGUGUCUUGCCCAGUGCACAGAUUAAAACUUGGAUUGUU